AUGUCCUCUACGGCUCCAAACAAAUCGAGGAAAAAGAAGCAACGCAGGGAGAAAAAAGAUAUACCUAUACCGCUAGGCGACAACCAAGCCACUCACGCGUACGAGCUCAAGGAUGACGAGGAGUUGAGGUUGGAGAAUGUGCUCUUUGGGACCCCCUUGGCAGGAAGUAGUUGGGGGAGCGGUACAAAGCAGGGCAAAGAGGCGGCAGAUACGUCUAUGGGUCACUUAUUGGAUGAAGAGCUUUUCUUCGACGAUUCAGCCCCAACCGCAGACCAAGUGCCGCAAGUUUCCGAGGAUCAGCAUGAGCAAGAUGAGCCCGUUCAGGCAGUUGCAAGCGCACUUUUGUCUGGGGCCUCAUCACGCAAGAAGGCAGCUUGGGUUGACCCAGAUGAUAUUCAGCUAGAUAUCUCUAUUGCAUCAGACCGACGUCUCCGGAAACUUCGUGACAGCACGGUAGAGGACACAAUAUCAGGAAAGGAAUACGAAUCCAGAUUGAGGCGGCAGUUUGAAAAGGUCAAUCCAGUCCCUGAGUGGGCAGCCACACGUCCCAAGAGGUCAAGGCGGUUAUCUCAGGCCUCUGUCUCGGGUUCCGACUCAGACGAGGAGCCAGUUGUAGAACCAACCACAGGCCUAGUGCAUGUUGCAGAUGCUCCAACCGAUGCACUCCCCCAAACCGAAUUAGCCAUAACGCGGCUGCGAGAUGCCAACCAAGCCGCACGAACCGAUGGCCCAGUGACCAAAAUACAGUUUCAUCCCUCCUCGCGUGUACCUGUGCUUAUGGUUGCUGGCGCGGACAAGCGGGUUCGGCUAUUCAACGUUGACGGCCUUACAAACCCCUUGCUACAAACUUUGCACACCCCUGCGCUCCCCCCGAAUAAUGCAAGCUUCCACCCAGCUGGAACCUCAGUUCUCCUAUCUGGACCAAGACCAUUUAUAUGCGUCUAUGAUCUUCAGUCGGCGCAUGUCGCUACCCAUCACGUAUCAGGGCGUACCCGGCCAGAUGCGAAGACAGACACCCAAGAUCGGGCGUGCGAUGUCAACGCCUUCUCCCGUGAUGGACGUACCCUUGCAAUUGCUGGUCGACAGGGGCGUGUGCGAUUACUAGACUGGGCCAGUGUUGGCAUUGUAGGAGAAAUAAAGGCUUCUGCAUCAGUGAAAUCCAUUUGGUGGAGUGCACGCGAUGAUACCGACCCGGAGAUGUAUACCCUGGACGCCAACGCUGAAAUUUGCGCGUGGGACGUACGCAUGCGGAGAUGCUUGAGAAGGUGGCGAGAUGACGGUGGUUUUGGGACAACAAUAGCAACUGAAGGGCCCGGUAGAUACACGGCUGUAGGGUCUAAAUCUGGAAUAGUUAACGUCUAUGAUACCCCUUCAACCCUAGCCAACUCGGCACCCAUGCCGCUCAAGACUUUACCACACCUCACCACUUCUGUCACAUCAUUAUGCUUCAACCAUGAUGCCCAGAUUCUCGCUAGCGCUAGCAAAACCAAGAAGGAUCAACUCAAACUGAUCCACACCAAAAGUCUGACUACAUUCGCUAACUGGCCGACAUCGGGCACGCCGCUUGGUCAUGUUACUACGCUGGAUUUUUCGACAAGAAGUGAAUACCUCGCAAUUGGCAACACACGAGGCAACGUGCUGUUAUACAACUUGCGGCACUAUGCCGUGGCUCGAUGA